GUAUGAAGGUGAACUAACCGCAAAUAUACGAACGAUUUUCUAACCUGAAAAGUUUGUUGAUUAUCGAGUGUGAGCGUGAGCACAUGUUUAAGAUCUACAAAUCUCUUCAGUCUUCUCUCUGCUAUUACAUACUCUUAUGGUUCUCUUAUGGCCGCUCUCGGUCCUCUCUUUGGUAUGGCUGAAAAAAGACGUUUGCAAGCUUUGAAAGAAAAGAGACAAAUAUAUAAAGCAAAACAACAGCUUAUUCGGGAUGCAUUAAGUAACAUUAAUGCCACAAACAACAGAAUUAAAUUUGAAGAUGAUGAUGGCAAUAAUUGUGACAAGCAGCAAAGUCCAAAAUUACAAAACAAAAAGAAUGAUUUGUUUAGUGACGAUGAUAAUGACAAUAACGAAACAAAUUUAUUAUGGAAUGAAGAUGAAUUUAGUAGUAACAAAGAUAAACAUAAGAAGGUCACUCUUGGAAAUGAUGCAAGAUUUACUUUGGAUGAUCGUUUUUUGGAAGAUGAUCAUCAGUCUGAGAAAACUGAAUUAGUGGAAAAUACUAAUGAAUCUGAUUUGCAGACAGAAAAAGAGAAACAAUUAGAUAUUUUACAAAAUAUUUUAGGAAAACCUUUUAAAACAAAAUGUUUAGAAAUGAAAGAAGAAACAAAGCCAGCCAAAAAGGGAUUGAUGAUACGAUAUGAUCCAACUGAAAGUAAACAUGGUGAAUAUGAAGUGCAACCUAAAAACAAAUCAGAAAAGAAGGAAAAAAAGAUCAAAAAAAGAAAACUUGAUAAGUCUGAAGAAAUUGAAGAACCUACAACUGUGGAGGUAUCAAAGAAUACUUAUUAUGCUGUAUCUAACACCUUAACAGAAAGUUUGAAACAGAAAGAAGAAUUCAGUCUAUUGAAAAUAUAUGGAAAAGAAAAGGAUAAUACAGAAGAUAAGAAAAGUUACGAUACCUCCAUAGUCGAAAAUAAAGAUAAGAUAUUUAAAUUUCAUUUUAAUAAAAAUAAUGCAUUUAAAUGUGAUUCUUCGGAUGAAGAAGAUAUAAAUACAGCACCAGAUACAGAGAAACAAAUGGUUGAGGACAGUAAGAAUAAUCAUGCAAAUAGUUUAUCUGAAUAUAAAGAUACUUUAUUUCUUGAAAAAGAUGAUGCAAGAUUCAAUGAAGCUGAAAAAUUUUUCAGUGCAGAAGCUACAAGUGAUAAAUUCAAUAAUUUAAGGCGCGAAUUAAAACUGAUUGUACGUUCAAAAAUUCGUAACAAUGAAAAAAAAACUCAGCAAAGUAAAAAAAGAAAAGUAAAAAAGUUCCGAUAAUAAAUAUUUUUUCCUUAAUUGGUAAAUUUUUAUGAUCAGUAUUCUUCUUAGUCGUGACUCCUCCCGAAGUUUAGAUGCUAAUAUCAUUUUCUAUUCUCUAUGUGCGGUUUUCUUAGAGUAAGAGAUUUCACGGUAGGGGCCCUCCUUUCCGUGAAAUUCGGGAUUACACCCGAAUUAAUUUGUGGAGUCCCGCCGAUUCGCCGAUCAACCAAUAAACUCGGUUGAAAGGAAUCAGGAAAAAAAAUCCUUAAGUGGUGAGUGGAUUCAAACUCGGGACUUCCGAGUUCGUAGCCUUCUGCAUUCAGGCCGCGAGACCACUGGGCCGAUCAUGAUCAGUAUAGAUAAAUUUGUAUUUAAUAGCUAUUUGUUUGAUAUAAGUUAUGUGUAUAUGUACAUAUAAAAAAGCUCUUUGUAGUUUGUGCGAAAGAUUACUUUAUAUAAAAAUUUAUUGCAAUUUUUAUUUUCUUCAUAUAUUUAUUCCUAAAAAAAACUCAAUGUA